UUAAACAACUCUAUAUGUUUAAGGGUAUAAUUUCAUGUAUUUAUUAUUACACAGAAACUUCAUGGUCACCAAAACACAAUCUAAGGUAGCAACAAGGGAGCUAAAUAUAAUUUGUAUGUAUUUGGGUUGAGUAGAGUAGUGCUGCAACUACCAAUUGGGUAUUUUGACAUGACAUGAACUUGGCCCGAGCUUAGAAGGUACGAAAAAAUAUAGGUAUAAACAUAAUACAACAUGAUGCUAGAAAUAAGUACAACACCACAUAAAAAUACCAAGUUUAUGGGCUUAACUUUUAAAAAUAUUGGCAUGGCUCGGUAUGAUUCAUAUUUUUUUAUGGCAGGUUCUAUUUUUUAAAAGUAUAGAAAAAUAUGAGCCGAACUAGCACGACAUGCAUGAAUUUAGAGCACUAAAGUAAAAUAGACCUUUACGGUGAGAUUUUAACUUCUGUUAUGGAAAAUGUUAAAGGGUACCUUAAAGUGUCAAUCACCACAAGAAGUGGUAUAUCGUUAUUGGUGUAAUUCAAUAUUAGUCAUACAUAUUUUCAUUUAAUAAAUAGUAUAAAAAACUGUUAAUUAGUUACAAUGCGCCACAUUAGUAUAAUAUUAAGCAUUUUAAGUUACUUAAUAGCCAUAUUCUUCUUUUAUAUUACAAUACAAAAAUAAGAUACUAAAAAGUGAAUAAAUUUGAAAAAGAAAUAAUAUACUCAAUUGAGUUUCCUAAAGAAUAUAUAUAUAAAAAAAACAUAGUGGCUGUCAAUUUUAGAAUCCAAACAACUUAUAAUGUGGUCCAUCAUGUCAUUAAUCCUACUUGAGGAUUAAGAUAAUCCCAUCUUUGAUAUCUUUUUAUUCCCAUCAAAGACAACCCAAAAUUAUUGAAAAAAACAAAAUUAACAACAAGAGGACGUUGCACUCGAAGAUCAUUAUGUGUAUAAAAAAGAAAAACCAAGUAAUGGAAAUAUGUUGUUAAGUGGUCUUAAAUAAUCUUAGCAAUUAAGAUUAGUGACUAAAUGGAAGGAUCAAGUAAAAAUGGAGAUAAUAUGUUGUUACAAAAUUACAAGCUUGGAAGAAGACUUGGUUUUGGUGCCUCUGCUACAGUCAACCUUGCAGAGCAUGUGUUGACUGGUCUUAAAGUUGCUAUUAAGAUCAUUAACAAGGCUCAAAUGAGAAACAUGAACAUGGAACAAAAGGUGAGAAGGGAAAUGAAAAUAGGAAGAUUGUUAGUGCAUCCUCAUGUUGUAAGACAAUAUGAGGUUAUUGAAACAUUUACACACAUCUUUAUUGUUAUGGAGUAUGCUGAGUUUGGUGACCUCUUUGAAUAUGUUACUCUUUAUAAACAAAAUAGGUUCAAUGAGGACGAAGCUCGUAGUGUGUUUCAGCAGAUCAUUUUUGGUGUGGAGUAUAUUCAUAGAAAUAUGGUUGUUCAUAGAGACCUUAAGCUUGAGAAUUUGGUUUUGGAUUCUAAUUACAAUGUCAAGAUUACUGAUUUCGGUUUCUGUAAUGUAAUGCGUGAUGGCCAUUUUCUUAACGCUCGUUGUGGUAGCCCUAGCUAUGCUUCUCCAGAGAUUUUAUUUGGUAAGCUGUAUGCUGGGCCUGAAGUAGAUGUUUGGAGUUGUGGUGUUAUUUUGUAUGCUCUUCUUUGUGGAAAACAUCCCUUUGAUGAAGGAAAUAUUUCAGACUUUUAUAGAAAAAUAAAGCAUGGCAUAUACAAUCUACCAAUGUCUUUACCUCCUGGUGCAAGAGAUUUGAUUAGAAGGAUUCUUGUAGUUGAUCCAACGAGACGAAUGACUAUUCCUCAAAUUUGCCAGCAUCCAUGGUUCAAGGCUCGUCUUCCUUGCUACCUAGCAGUGUUCCCACCGAGCACGAAUCAGCUCGCGAAAAAGAUUGAUGAACAAAUUCUUCAAAAGGUGAUUGAUAAGGGGUUUGACAAGAAUCAACUGAUUCAGUCUCUUCUCAAUAGAGUUCAAAACAAGGCCACUGUUGCAUACUACUUGCUAUUGGAUCAUCAAUACCGCAAUUCAAGUCCAUAUCUUAAAGCUGAAUUUCAGGAAAGUGGUUUCAACCAAAUACCAUUACCAAGAUAUAUGAAUUAUCAAGAAAUAGGCCAAAGGCCAGAGUUUCCCCUAGAAAGAAAAUGGUCUCUUGGACUUCAGUUUCAAGCCAAUCCUCACGAAAUAAUGACAGACGUGCUUAAAACUUUGCAAGAAUUGGGAGUUUGCUGGAAAAAGAUCGGUUACUAUAACAUGAAGUGUAGAUGGAUACCUAGAAUCCAUGCCACUGCCAUGAAGCCAUCCAAUGUGGUCAAGUUUGAAGUUCAACUCUACAAAACUCGAGAGGAGAAGAAUCUACUAGAUUUGCAACGAGUCCAAGGUUCACAGUUUUUGUUCUUGGAUCUUUGUGCUGCUAUUUUUGCCCAACUGUGUGUGCUGUGAAGGAAUGGAAAUUGUUUAGUGUGACAAUGGUGAAUAAAAAAAAUGAAAGAAAUAAGAAUAUUUGAUGAGCUCCAAUUGCAAUUGGGGUUCCAACAUUUUGUACAUAGGCACUGGUUAGCUCAUAGUUGGGCUUUUAAAGGUUGUUUUUGAGUAUUUUAAGCUCCAAAAGUAUUUUUGCUACUCGUUAGGUAACCAGUGAAUUUUAGUUUUUAAUUUUGGAAAAAUUCUUUUAGUAGAAACCACUUUUAAUAGUUUCUCAAGAAAGGCCAAACAAGUCAUACUACACACUUUGUGAUUUUUCUUUUGACAUUUUUUUUAUGGGUUUGUGUACAUUAAAGUUUCUUUUUAUGUGUUACUAAUUGUUGGAAAUUUUAUGCAGCUUCCAUGAUAUGCUAAUGUAACUUUUUAACUAAGAAAAUUUACAUGUAAUAUAAUAUGCAUAUAUAAUGGAGUUUAUAUAUUUAUACUCCAAAUAUUAUAAAAAGCUCUAUUUUCAAACAAUUUCUUAUUACAAAUUUAUCUUUCAAAAAAAGAAAAAAAAACCAUAAUUCUCUUGAGAGCUUUAAGCUUGAUUAAAAGAACAACAAUGGCAGCAAGUAUCUCUUGAGUUGAGACCAAUUUUCGGUAGUUCAAGCAUUAGGUAGUUAGUGAUAAUGGUUUCUUCAUUUAGUGUAAUUAUUAAUGAUUACGAGUUUGUUUUUUCAGUUACAAAAGGUUUCUAUUUUUUAUUUUGUUAAAUGAUCAUUAAAUGGGGUGGUUUAUAGUUUUGUUAGAGUAUCUAUUUUUUAUCUAGGUGGUGAGUUAAGUUUAAGGCCUGUCGGUAACCUUUUUGCUUUCUAUUUUUUUAAAUUUCACUUAACAAAAUCUUGUAAUUUGUUUACAGUUUUUGAUUAAUUAUUUAAAAAAUUGAUUAUAUAAUUGUUAGCAAACAAUACCUUAAUUUGUGAAUGUCUCAAUUAAUUUUGUUAAUUUGUUUGGUAAACAAUAUUGAUGUUUAAUAAAAAUUUGAUUUUCAUUAAAAGAAGUUUAGUUUAUCCUAAAAUAAAAUUUAGUGGUUAUAUUAAUAUUGGAUGCAUAGCAAAAUUGUUUAAACAAAAUUUGCCUAGGGUUAUUUUUUUAUUUUUUUUUUGGAACAAUUUGAGUAGAGUUAGUUGAUAAAGAAAGUUUUAAGAAAAUGAAAGUUCAAAAAUUACCAUAGAGUGAAUUUAUAUAAUAAAUAAGUAGUAAAUAUUAUUUUUUUUUUUAUAUUUUGUAAAAAUUAUUAAUUAGAUAUUUUAUUUUAUCAAAUCACAAAAUAUAACUUAAUUAGAUAGUUGAGAAUCCGGACAAUUUGAUUUAUUUUGAUUGGCGCCUCGUCAGUGCCAACCAAGCAGUUAUGAUUAUCCCACAUCGGAAUUAAGUUAUCCUUUCUACGGAUAUAUAUAUUCCCAUUCCCAUAUAUACGCACUCAUUUUUUAUUAAUAAAAAUAAAUAAAUAAAUAAAAAUAGAUUAGAAAGCUUACGAUGAGAACGAUGUGGUCGAAGAUCGUCUGAUAACAACACUUGAAGAAGAAGAAGAAGAAGAAGAACAAGGAAGACACCUCAUCGCCGUCGCCGGCUUCUCGCUCUUUUUCUUUAUCCGGCGACUAUAACACUCAUUUCCUCAAAUUCCUACUGGUAAUGAAAAUGGAUGGAUCAACUGGCAGAGCAGGUGGCAAUGUGGAUAUGUUUUUACCAAAUUACAAGCUGGGGAAAACACUUGGUAUUGGUUCCUUUGGGAAGGUCAAAAUUGCAGAGCAUGCGUUGACUGGUCACAAAGUUGCUAUUAAGAUUCUUAAUCGUCGGAAGAUUAAGAAUAUGGAAAUGGAAGAAAAAG